AUGGAGAUCGAGACAGCGGCUCCUCAGCUUCAUCGGAGUACGACGACGCACGACGUCGAGAUGGGCGUCGGCAAUGGAGGGGCGGAGGGCGGCGGCGUGUACUUAACAUGGGAGGACUUGACGGCGGUACUGCCGAAUUUUGGGAAUGGGCCGACGAAGAGGCUGAUAAAUGGGCUGACGGGUUAUGCACUUCCGGGUCGGAUCAUGGCCGUUAUGGGUCCGUCUGGGUCCGGCAAGUCCACUUUUCUUGAUUCUUUGGCAGGUAGACUCUCAGGCAAUGUGAUAAUGUCUGGUGAAGUGCGUCUGAAUGGCAGGAAAAGAAGGCUUCAAUACGGUGUCGUUGCUUACGUGACCCAAGAGGACGUGAUGCUGGGCACGCUGACCGUCCGGGAGACAAUAGCGUACUCAGCGUCACUGCGUCUGCCGAGCUACACGACAAGAGCCGAGCUAACCGAGGCAGUCGAGCAAACGAUUGCCGAGAUGGGCCUGCAGGAGUGUGGGGACCACGUCAUCGGCAACUGGCACCUGAGGGGCAUCAGCGGAGGCGAAAAGAAGCGGCUCAGCAUUGCCCUCGAGAUCAUAACGCAGCCGAGCCUCCUGUUCCUGGACGAGCCCACCAGCGGCCUCGACAGUGCAUCCGCAUUCUUCGUCGUGCAAGCCCUACGCAACAUCGCGUGCAAGGGCCGCACCAUCGUCUCCUCCAUUCACCAGCCGAGCAGCGAGGUUUUCGCGCUCUUUGACGACCUUCUGCUCUUGUCGUCCGGCGAGACUAUCUAUUUUGGAGAGACUUGUUCUGCAGUCGAGUUCUUUGCGGAUGCUGGAUUCCCGUGUCCCCACAGAAGGAACCCGUCGGAUCAUUUCCUUCGUUGUGUUAAUUCGGACUUUGACGAUGUCACUAAGACUUUGAUCGGCUCGCAAAGAAUACUGAGAGUGAUAGAUUUUACCACAGGCCCCCUAAUGGAUUUGGCAACAGGGGAAAUCAGAGCAAAGCUUAUUCGGAAGUAUCAAACCUCAAAGUUCGCGGCGAGAGCAAAAGCUAGAAUCAAAGAGUUUUCAAUCACUGGGGGCGAAUUCGUCUUUGAGGAAAUUAACGGGAGCCAGGCCACAUGGUCGACUCAACUCUCGACUCUCACGAGACGGUCGUUCAAAAACAUGACUAGGGACUUUGGUUACUACUGGCUGAGAAUCAUAGUCUUCAUCUUGGUCUCCUUAUGUGUGAGUGCAGUCUUCCACGACGUGGGCACCAAUUCCCACGCGAUUCUAGCCAGGGGAGCUUGCGGUGGCUUCAUAUCCGGCUUCAUGACAUUCAUGACCAUCGGCGGUUUUCCAUCAUUCAUUGAGGAAAUGAAGGUGUUUCACAAGGAAAGGCUCAACGGACACUAUGGGGUCAGUGUGUAUGUUGUUUCCAAUUUCGUCUCUUCGUUUCCUUACGUGGUGGCAAUAUCAUUGAGUUCGUCGUCCAUCAUUUAUUUCACGGUGGGAUUUCACCCGGGUUUUUCCCACUACGCGUACGCAGUGCUCGACCUCUUGUUGUCCAUAGCUGUGGUCGAGAGCUGCAUGAUGGUAGUAGCUGCACUCGUCCCCAAUUUCAUGAUGGGGGUUGUUGUCGGGGCCGGUCUCAUCGGUAUUAUGAUGGCCACGGCCGGUUUUUUCCGGCUCCUACCUGACCUCCCCAAGAUAUUCUGGAAAUAUCCUGUUUCGUACGUCAACUACAUGUCAUGGGCAUUGCAGGGCGCAUACAAAAACGACAUGCUCGGGAUUGAGUUCGAGUCCCCAUUGGCCGGGGGGCCAAGACUCAGAGGAGAACAAGUGUUGACCUCAAUCAUGGGCAUGUCCUUAAACCACUCCAAGUGGUGGGACCUGGCAGCCGUUGCGGCCAUACUAGUGGCCUACAAGCUGCUGUUCUUUGGCAUUAUCAAGUACAUCUUGUUUAUACUCUAUUAUUAG